AUGACUAUCCAACGAAUGAAGACGCAAGCAACUCAGCAGCAACAGAUACAACAGCAGCAGCAUCAACAGCAACAGCAUCAGCAGCAACAGCACCAGCGCUCGGUUCAUGACACCGCAAACCAUCCAAUGAUGAACCUUCAAUCUGCUGCUCUAGUCAACGACGCCACAUCGGACGGCCAGUCAGUAGAUGGCGUCGACAAAGUUGAUGGUUCGGCGCAAAAGCAGAAUGCCAUGACCAAUGUCAACUUUUCCGAACAACAAAUGAGCAUUCUAAAGACUCAGAUGUUUGCCUUCAAGUUGCUACAAAAGAACAAUCCUAUCCCUCCUCAGAUGCAACAGCAGCUUUUUAAAUCUCAACAGCCUAGUCAGCCUCAGACGAAAGCUGAGAAAGUUGCCAAAGGUCGCGAAGUGGUGAAGAAUGUUGAACGGGGCUCGCCUGAACCACAACGACGUCAAGCGUACGAAUAUGCAUAUUCACCUUUUGGCUUAAUCACACCUACCAUAAGUUAUUCGGACCACGCUAUGCGAAAGAACCGAUUACAAGUGAACAGUAUAAUGCCCAAAGGUGUGGAUACUGAAGAUGUCCAGCGCGAACGUCAACGCAAAAUUGCUGCUCGUAUAAUGGAUAGAAGAUUAGCUUUACACGGACCUCAUGGCCCGUCACCAGUUGACGGAGAAAGGCUGAGAGAAGAGCGCGACCGCAUUGCAUACAACCGUAUACAAGCAAGGAAGGCAGAUCUUGAAGGCUUACCCGCCAAUAUGAAUGUUUGGGACACAAGCAAGAGUGACGAACCAAGCUUUGACGACACCCUGAAACGCAAGGCUCUCAUUGAAUACAAAAUGCUCUGUUUACUUCCCAAACAGCGAGCCCUUCGGCAGCAAGUACAUCGAGACCUCAUACAUUAUGACAACCUUGCGCAAACCGCGAACAGAUCACAAUACCGACGGCAGAAGAAGACAUCCUUACGUGAGGCGCGCAUUACCGAGAAGCUUGAAAAGCAACAGCGCGAUCAGCGCGAGACCAAUGAAAAGCAAAAGCAGAGAGACCAUCUGGUUGCGAUUCUCAAUCACGGUGUUGAGAUACACAAAUCCGCGGAAGCGCAGAGACAAAGGCAGCAAAAGCUUGGCCGGCUGAUGCUACAGCAACACCAGAACAUCGAGAAAGAGGAGCAAAAGCGGGUCGAAAGGACCGCUAAGCAACGUCUCCAAGCCUUGAAGAAUGACGAUGAAGAAACAUACCUCAAACUUCUUGGCCAAGCUAAGGACUCACGAAUAUCUCAUCUACUCAAGCAAACUGAUGGCUUCCUGAAUCAACUUGCUGCCUCCGUCAAAGCACAACAGCGUGAUGCUGGGGCCAAAUAUUAUAGAAACGAUGCUGACGAUUCUGACGACAGCGAGGACGACGUUGAGGCAACGCCUAAAGUCGACUACUACGAGGUUGCUCACCGCAUCAAAGAGGAGGUCAAGAACCAACCGACCAAUCUGGUUGGUGGUACCUUGAAAGAGUAUCAGGUAAAGGGCCUGCAGUGGAUGGUGUCUCUGUUCAACAACAACCUUAAUGGUAUUCUGGCAGAUGAGAUGGGUCUAGGGAAAACCAUCCAGACCAUUAGCUUGCUCACUUACCUUAAAGAAUUCAAAGGAGACCGCGGCGGUGGCGGACCUUUUCUGGUCAUUGUUCCUCUCAGCACACUCACAAAUUGGAAUCUUGAGUUUGAGAAGUGGGCUCCGUCAUUGAGAAGAAUAAUAUACAAGGGUCCACCUCCUGCGAGGAAACAGCAGCAGCAACAAAUUCGCUAUGGGCAAUUCGAUGUGCUUCUUACCACCUAUGAGUACAUCAUCAAAGAUCGUCCUGUGCUUUCUAGAAUAAAGUGGAUACACAUGAUCGUCGAUGAGGGACAUCGCAUGAAGAACUCGAACUCCAAACUCAGUCAAACGCUUUCGCAGUACUAUCAAUCCCGAUACCGACUAAUUUUGACCGGAACACCUCUACAAAAUAACCUACCCGAACUUUGGUCUCUUCUCAACUUCGUUCUGCCAAACAUAUUCAAAUCAGUCAAAUCGUUUGAUGAGUGGUUCAACACACCAUUUGCUAAUACUGGAAACCAGGAUAGGAUGGAACUGUCAGAAGAAGAGCAGCUGCUUGUCAUACGAAGACUCCACAAGGUUUUGCGACCUUUCUUACUCCGCCGCUUGAAAAAAGAUGUGGAGAAGGAUCUACCAGACAAGCAAGAACGUGUCAUUAAAUGCCGUUUCUCCGCACUUCAAGCCAAGAUCUACCACCAACUCAUAACGUUCAAUAAAAUCAAUGUGAGCGACGGCAAGGGUGGCAAGACCGGCAUCAGAGGAUUAAGCAACAUGCUCAUGCAGUUGAGGAAGCUGUGCAAUCAUCCCUUCGUCUUUGAGCAAGUUGAAGAUCAGAUGAAUCCUGAAAGAGUUAGCAAUGACUUAUUGUGGCGUACCGCUGGCAAAUUUGAGCUCCUUGAACGCGUUCUUCCAAAGUUCAAGAUCACAGGUCACCGAGUCUUGAUAUUUUUUCAGAUGACGCAGAUCAUGAACAUUAUGGAAGACUUCCUCCGAUUGAAAGGUCUAGCAUAUUUACGACUUGAUGGGUCAACGAAGUCGGACGAUCGGUCAGAAUUGCUUGCCCAAUUCAAUGAUCCAAACUCACCAUAUUUCUGCUUCCUGCUAUCAACACGUGCUGGAGGUCUAGGUUUAAAUUUACAGACCGCUGAUACCGUCAUCAUCUACGACUCUGAUUGGAAUCCCCAUCAGGACUUGCAAGCUCAAGACAGAGCGCAUCGCAUUGGUCAAAAGAAUGAAGUGCGGAUCUUGCGUCUCAUAAGCUCCAACUCUGUUGAGGAGAAGAUCCUCGAGAGGGCUCAGUACAAAUUGGACAUGGAUGGCAAAGUCAUUCAAGCCGGCCGAUUCGACAACAAGUCUACCAAUGAGGAGCGAGAUGCGUUGUUGAAGACAUUGCUCGAGACUGCCGAAGCAGCAGAAGAAAUGGCGAAUCAAGAAGAAAUGGAUGACGAUGAUCUCAACAUGAUCAUGGCACGCACAGAUGCGGAAAUGGAACUUUUCCAGCGCAUAGACGCUGAGCGAGCCGCCGAAGAUGCAUAUGGCAAUAAUCCUGGACAGAUCCCUCGACUUCUAGGGGAGGAUGAGCUUCCUGACAUCUACAUGCAAGAGGACAAUCCUGUGACUGAUGAACUCGAAGAGAUUGUUGGCCGUGGAGCCAGGGAGAGGACAAAAGUUAAAUAUGACGAUGGGCUCACAGAGGAGCAAUGGCUGGACGCUGUCGACAACGAUGAGGACACAAUCGAGGAUGCUAUUGCAAGAAAGACCGCCCGAAAGCUCCCCGAGCCUUCGAGAGAAAGCUCCAUUGCACCCGCAUCGAAGAAACGAAUUCGAAAACCCACUGGUGCAAAGAGGAAAGCCGAGGAGCCCCUCGAAGAAGAAAGUGCAAUAUCGAAAAGGAAGCGCGGCAACAAGGCUGUGGAGACUCUGAGCGCCAAGGAUCGCUCAUCGCUUCAAAAGAUACUCAAUGACAACUUCCAGAGCCUGAUGGAGCUGGAAGAACGCCUUGGUCCGAAUGAAGAAGACGCACGCGGUCUGAUAGAUCCGUUCCUCAAACCUGUGCCCAGGAACCAGUAUCCACAAUACUACUUGAUCAUCAAGGACCCUAUCUGCAUGGAGCAAGUCGAAAAGAAGAUCAACAAGAAGGAAUACCAGAGCUUGAAAGAAUACAGAGACGACAUUGGGCUAUUAUGUGACAACGCGAGAACAUUCAAUGACGAUGGGAGCAUCUUGUUCUCGGAUGCAAACGAGAUUGAGUCACACUGCAUCAAGAAGCUCGCAGACGAAACCGCUGAAUAUCCCGAAUGGCAAAACUUCGAUGGCGACACUCCAGCCGAUGGUCGUUCCACGGCAGCUAUGUCGAGCACAGCUGGCACUCCAAUGCCAGGUGGUGGUCCAAAUGGCGGCACCAAGCUCAAACUCACUUUCAAUGGCAAUAGAGACACUUCAGUCGGUGGUGGAGGAUACAAUGGUGGCAUGAGUGAAGACGAGUAA